UGCCGUCCAACAACAUGUCCUUCAGCAGGAUAGCACUGCUCUUGGCCUUCGGCCUCUCAGUAGUGGCCGCGGUGGCCGCCGACCACCGAGACGCGUACCUCGAGGACGCUCGCAUUGCUUGCGAGCGAAAGGAUGCGAUCGCUUGCGCCAAACACAGGGCCCUUUCCUACCUGGACGCCGUCGCAGCAGGACAGGUUUCUUCGGCGCGUGCUUUCAACUCUAUGUUCUCGCCGCUGAGUGCUGCCGGCGUCCGCUUGGUGAAGGUGCCCUCCGAAGGUGCCGAAGAUGCGCCCUUUGAACUUUUUGACGACGUGGAGCAGCGCAGCGACGACUCGGAAGUGGCCAAGUUGUGGAAGUUUGGUUUGAGACAAGUGGAGCGGUUUGCCCGCAAAUACGCCGUCGCUGUCGCCGUGCCUGAAACCAACGCUGGACUCGUCCCAAGGGUCAUCAGCGAGGACGACGUCAACGCGAUCGAGAGCGGAGAAUCUCGUGGAAAGAAGAAGAAGCUGCAGCUGCUGUUGCCCCUGUUGAUCCUGUUCAAGUUCUUCAAGCUGAAGGUGCUGCUGAUCCCCAUCCUGCUGGGCGUGUUGGCCAUCAAGAAGAUCCUGCUGUUGGCCGCCGUCUUCCUGCCCAGCAUCGUAGGUCUGCUCAAGUUCUGCAAGCAGCAGCCCUUCUACCACGAGUACUCGGCGCCGGCCGCCUACGACUAUGGCGUGACCAGCUACGCUGCCGGCGGUGGCGCCUCUUCCGCCUCCACCUACGGAAAGGACCUGUACGCCCGUCGCAACUACGAGGCCCAAAAUAUGGCCUACCGCGCCCAGACCCAGGCCCAGGCCCAGCAGCAGUAAAAUUCAACACCGAGCUGCCACACACCAAAGCCAAAAUUAACAAAAGCUCAUUAUUUAUUUGUAUAAUUUAUUUGUAUAAUUUAUUUAUAUAAUUUAUUGCGACAAUCCAAAUACUGCCCCUUGACUACUUUUUGACUCUGAACUGCUUGACUGACAUGACACCUCAAUUACCAACGAGUGACGAUUUUGUAUUUAUUUUUAUAUAAUAAUGUGAUUUAUUUGAAAAAGCAAUAAAUUUUACAUUAAUUUUUAUAGU